CUCGGCGCAAUAUAAUAGUUGAUGCAGUCCCGCGUCAGUAGAUUUUCUUAGUUGGUGCAAUUUUCUACAGUCGAAAGCAAUACUCCUUCUCCCUGGUAAAAGGACCAGAAGAUUGAGACGUGGAAUUGCUUCUGCUCAUCUUCCAUUUCGUGCCAUAGAUCACCCGUCAUAAUGGGAAGUACCCAGCAAGACUCGGAGGGCAUCCGGAACGUGCCCGCGCAGGGCGUCUCGUUCUUCACCCCAGCCCAGAUCCCCCCGGCAGGCACCGGGCUGGGCUCCAAGAAGGCCGACUCUGAUGCCAUCCCCAAGCUCUUCACGCCCCUGACCCUCCGCGGCACGACCUUUCAGAACCGGAUCUGGCUGGCGCCGCUGUGCCAGUACAGUGCCGACGAUGGCCACGCGACCAACUGGCACCUCACCCACCUGGGCGGGAUCCUGCAGCGCGGCCCCGGCCUGACCAUUACCGAGGCCACCGCCGUCCAGCCCCGGGGCCGCAUCACGCCCCAGGACGUCGGCCUCUGGAAGGACAGCCAGAUCGCGCCGCUCGCGCGCAUCACCGAGUUUGCGCACUCCCAGGGCCAGAAGAUGGCCAUCCAGCUCGCCCACGCGGGCCGCAAGGCCAGCACCGUGGCCCCGUGGCUGAGCAUGAACGCGACCGCCCCGGCCUCCGAGGGCGGCUGGCCCGACGACGUCGUCGCCCCUUCGGCGAUCCCUUUUACCGAGGGCGUCAACCCGACCCCUCGCGAGAUGUCUCUCGACGAGAUCGCCGAGCUCAAGCGCGACUUUGCCUCGGCCGCCGGCCGCGCCCUCCGCGCGGGCUUCGACGCCAUCGAGAUCCACUCGGCCCACGGGUACCUGCUGCACUCGUUCCUGAGCCCUGUCUCGAACAAGCGCACCGACCGGUACGGCGGGUCGUUUGAGAACCGCACGCGGCUGCUGCUCGAGAUUGUCGAGACGGUCCGCGGCGUGAUCCCCAAGGAGAUGCCCCUGCUCGUGCGCGUCAGCGCGACCGACUGGUUCGAAUUCGCCGCCGAGAAGGGCGUCGAGGUUCCCCCCGAGGCGGCCGAGUCGUGGACUGUCGAGCAGACGAGCAGGCUCGCGCCGCUCCUGGCGGACGCGGGCGUCGACUUGCUCGACGUGAGCAGCGGCGGCGUGCACCCCAAGGGAGCGGGCAUCAUCCAGGCGGGCCAGGGGUACCAGGCUCACUUUGCCAAGGCGGUCAAGAAGUCCGUCGGUGACAAGCUGGCGGUCAGCGCGGUCGGGUCCAUCCACGACGGCCACCUCGCCGAGGAUCUGCUGACGGCUGGCGGACUCGACGUCAUCUUUGCUGGCCGCUGGUUCCAGAAGAACCCCGGCUUGGUGUUCCAGAUGGCCGAUGACCUGGAGGCCGAUGUCAAGAUGCCCAACCAGAUUGGCUGGGGCUUUGGAGGGCGUGGCAAGAAGCAGAGGCAGAAGAAGUUGUAGGAGCGAAAGGGAAAGUAGAAUCUGGGUGGCCGAAAGUCCAAAAGAAAAGUUCAAGAUUGUGUAUGAAUAAUGGACACAGCGAUAAAUGGUUUAAACAACAAUAAUGUUUGACGCUA